UUCCAAUCUCCACCAGUUCCGCGGCAGGCUCCUCCCCCACAAUCGCGCGCGCGCCCCCUCCUCGUCGCCGGCCAUGGAGCUCCUCCUCCGCCACUCUGCCAAGUUGCGAAGAGUGCAUGCUGUCCUCGGACGCGAGCGUGGGAGUGUUGUUCGUCACUUCUCAUCCAGCGAUUGCUCCUCUCUUGUGAAGGAAGAUACUAUAUCAAGAUCUAAUCUUCAUGCAGAACAUGCAAAAAAAAUUGGAGGAUCGAAUUUUACCCAUGACAGGCAAUCUGGAAAAGAGCUUCAGAUUUCCAAGUUCUCAAUGCAAGAAGCAAGGAGAGGGUCUAGUUUCACGAGAGCAUCCAAGCAUGGAAUGCCGAUUGCCGUUACCGGAGUACAUAGUUUAUUCUCCUGUGUGCAGGUAGUAUCGGCUAGGUGUUUUUCAAGUGGAGCAGAUUUACCUCCACAUCAGGAAAUCGGAAUGCCUUCACUCUCCCCUACCAUGACCGAGGGAAACAUUGCAAGGUGGGUGAAGAAAGAAGGAGAUAAAGUCUCACUUGGUGAAGUUCUUUGUGAAGUGGAGACCGAUAAAGCAACAGUGGAGAUGGAAUGCAUGGAGGAAGGCUAUCUUGCUAAAAUUAUCCAUGGAGAUGGUGCCAAAGAAAUUAAAGUUGGUGAGAUUAUUGCUGUAACCGUGGAAGAGGAGGAGGACAUUGGCAAAUUUAAGGAUUACAAGGCUCCAUCUUCUGCUGAAUCUGCAGCUCCAGCUGAAUCGAAGCCCCAAUCUGAGCCCACAGAACCAAAAGAGGAGAAAGAGCAGCCCAAGGCUCCUGAGCCAAGGGCUACAAAGACAGAAGAAUCUUCUCUUUCAGAGGACCGCACAUUCUCCAGUCCACUUGCAAGAAAAUUGGCAGAAGACAACAAUGUACCAAUAUCAAGCAUAAAAGGUACUGGCCCCGAUGGCCGCAUUCUGAAGGCAGAUAUUGAGGAUUACUUGGCUUCUGUGGCCAAGGGGUCCAAGAAGGAAACUUUGGCAGCUCCUGGACUAGGCUAUGUGGAUCUUCCGAAUACGCAAAUAAGGAAGGUUACUGCAAACCGCCUGCUGCACUCCAAGCAAACCAUUCCUCACUACUAUCUGACAGUUGAUACUUGUGUUGACAAACUUAUUAAGUUGCGCAGUGAGUUGAAUCCUAUGCAGGAUACCUCUGGUGGCAAGAAGAUAUCGAUAAAUGAUCUUGUUAUCAAGGCUGCAGCAUUGGCUCUUCGUAAGGUUCCUGAGUGUAAUAGCUCUUGGAUGAAUGAUUUCAUUCGCCAGUACCACAAUGUGAACAUCAAUGUUGCUGUACAAACUGAACAUGGCUUGUUUGUUCCAGUAAUAAGGGAUGCAGACAAGAAGGGCCUAGCCACUAUCGCUGAUGAGGUGAAGCAAUUGGCACAGAGAGCAAGGGAUAACAGUCUUAAGCCAGAGGAUUAUGAGGGUGGCACUUUCACCGUGUCAAACUUGGGAGGUCCUUUUGGAAUUAAGCAAUUCUGUGCCAUUGUAAAUCCUCCACAAUCAGCAAUUUUGGCUAUUGGCUCUGCUGAGAAGAGGGUGAUCCCUGGAGCUUCUGAGGGCGAGUUUGAAAUUGGUUCGUUCAUGUCAGCGACAUUGAGCUGCGACCACCGGGUCAUUGACGGCGCCAUUGGUGCAGAAUGGAUGAAGGCAUUCAAGGGCUACAUCGAGAAUCCGACAACCAUGCUGCUCUAAACAAGGAUGACGAGGAUAAUUCUUUUUGUAGGUUUUCACAAAUAAGGCUCACAAUAACAGUGUCUUCUUUGUUCUUUUCAUUGGUUUACACUGUAUAACCUCGGCACGGCCCCAUCAGGGCUCUAAACCAAAGAGCAAACAUAGGAGAGUCAGCACAGCAUCCGUUGUCGAUGCAUUUUCAUCCUGAGGUAAAUUACAACGUGUAGUUGAAGGCUUGAUGUUUUGUUGCUUCAGCCAAAUUCUCUCCUCCAGCUAGGAGGUAUGGUUAAGAUUCUCAAUUUGAGAGAUGAUUGGAAA